UGGCAAAAAGACUCCGCUGGGAGAAGCCCAAUGCGAGGUGCUGCAGACUGGUUUGUCCAGCCGCUGGGUUUUACCGCGGUGGCUCCCAAAUUCUACUCACGCGGUUGGGCCUGGGUGAGGGCUUAGCGCGCCCGGCGCCACCCUCCAGGGGAACCUAGGAACUGAAGACUGGGCGCUGGCGCGCGGCGGUCUCGGUGAACAGGGCUCCUCACAAGCGCUCACAGGUGCUCGUGGCCGGGCGGCCAGGUUAUCCCCGGUGUCCUGGAACCCCACACCACGCGUCCCUGGGUCUCUUCCUUCCCUUUGCGCGGACGACUGCGCGAGGGCCUCAGUUCCUGGAAAGCGACGCCCCUCUGCUUCGUGAAACUCUGCGACUGAGGCCUCCCAGGCUUAGCUCCGUGUUCCUUGGAAACGGUGACACUGCUUCUGUCUGUGAAUUGACCACCCUUCUCCAGUACCGGCAGCUGUUAAGUCGCCCCUUUCACGGGCACCGAACAUUGACGAGUAUCUUCCCCCAAAGGUUUCUUAGUUCUUGGGAGUGACUCUGUUCUAAACUAAAGCGAUUUAUUAUAAUAGUUGACUUAUUCAGGUUUGAAUUAGAGUUCUAUGCGUGAGAGCGCCCUGGCAGCUGAAUGUCAGCCCUCUGUAGGCAAGGGCAGUGUCUGGGUCUUCUUUAUGACCUCUUUUCUUAUAGCGGGGCAGGGUUUUGUGUAGGGUCGGCCACUAGUAAACAUUUGGUGAAUUGAACUGUUUGGUGAAAAAACUGUGUUAGAACCACUAACUCAGCAUCUUUAAAACUGUUCCAGAACCCCCAACCAGAAUCUCAUUCUUUUUUCCUGCAAAACACCCGACGUUGCCUGAGGCCUGAACCCAAAGAGAGGGGCCGCAUCUGAGAAAACUCUGCCUGUGUAGUAUCUGCUUGAAUUUCUCGGGUUAUUCGCGAAGGGAGAAUAUCCAGCAGUGUUAAAUAUAUUACCAUCAACUUAGGAGAUGGCUUCUUUGCAAAGGAAAGGGCUGCAGGCAAGGGUUCUCAGCUCUGAAGAAGAGGAAAAACUGAAAAGAGACCAGGCUUUAGUGUCUGAUUUUAAACAGCAAAAACUGGAAAAAGAGGCUCAGAAAAACUGGGACCUUUUUUACAAAAGAAAUAGCACUAAUUUCUUCAAAGAUAGACACUGGACCACCAGAGAGUUUGAGGAGCUCAGAUCUUGUAGAGAGUUUGAAGAUCAAAAAUUGACUAUGCUUGAAGCUGGCUGUGGGGUUGGCAACUGUUUGUUCCCACUUUUAGAAGAAGAUCCGAAUAUCUUUGCCUAUGCCUGUGAUUUUUCUCCAAGAGCAGUUGAAUAUGUCAAGCAAAAUCCUCUGUAUGACACAGAAAGAUGCAAGGCAUUCCAGUGUGAUCUGACUAAAGAUGACCUUCUGGAACAUGUGCCCCCAGAGUCCGUGGAUGUUGUCACAUUGAUAUUUGUGCUCUCUGCGGUUCAUCCUGAUAAGAUGCGCUUGGUCUUACAAAACAUUUACAAGGUCUUAAAACCAGGCAAAAGUGUCUUGUUUCGCGACUAUGGGCUUUAUGAUCAUGCCAUGCUUAGGUUUAAAGCCGGCAGCAAACUGGCAGAAAACUUUUAUGUUAGACAAGAUGGAACCAGAUCAUAUUUUUUCACCGAUGAACAAAAACAGCCUUUACCUUGGAGCCUUGAGGUUCUCCUUUCACUAAAGAUGCUCUGGCUCAGCCUCCUGCCCCUCCCUGCUGCACAGUUGUGCAGUGGUGUCCAAGCUGCGAGCACUGUCAUCUGCUUGCCUUCUAGAAUUCCUGGCGCGACUCUUUCUGGAUACAGGUUACGAAGAACAGGUGAACGAGUACGUGUUUCGUGCAACAGUGAAUAAAAAAGAAGGCCUGUGCGUGCAGAGGGUUUUCCUCCAGAGCAAGUUCCGAAAGUCUCCCAAGAACCCAGCUCCCAUGACCCUGGGCCUGGACCACGAGUCCUGACCUUUCACAAGGUUGACAUCUGUGCCUCCCCUUGAAAAGCAAAGUUUUAUUUUUUGUAUAUUUUUGUAUUUUAACCUUUUAAAAUGAGUGUGUGUAAUAUUCAUAUUGAAAAGUAUCCAGUCUGUGUUAUGUUAUAGGAAUGUAAAUAAAAUUGCAAGGCCUGAGAAGGAAA